UUAGGCUUUUCGUAUUAUGCGAAUACUUCGUCUCUUAGUCCGGAGUUUUAUCUCAGGAUGCUGGACCGUGGCUGGAGGCGAUCCGGGAGACUUUUGUAUCGCCCAAACCAGAGAGCAUCUUGCUGUCCUCACUAUACCAUCCGGCUGGACUCCGAAGAGUUCUACCCUACCAGAAGCCAGCGUCACACAAUCAAUCGCUUCAACAAACACGUACUUGGCGAGUCAUACAUGAAGCAGGCUGCACGCUUAUACCCAAGGUCACGCGAAGAGACCAAGAAGCGUGACAACGAAUUCUGCCUCACGGAGCGUAUACACGAGGCUGAGCUGAGCCGAGUGAAGACGCCGCCGGAGCCAGCUCACAAAUGGGUUGUAACCCUUGAAGAUGACAUCUUCACAGAAGAGAAGUUUCUCGUCUACGAAAACUACCAGAGAGUUGUCCAUGGGGAUGAGCCUCACGAAAUCACAAAGCAGUCGUUUGAGCGCUUUCUGUGCAAUUCACCCCUGCGGCGUCGGUUGAUGGUCGGACCUGACGGGCGAAAGCGUCGCCUAGGUUCCUACCACCAAUGCUAUCGCCUAGACGGUGUUCUGGUGGCUGUUGGGGUGCUUGACCUGCUACCGCACUGCGUCAGUUCCGUGUACUUUCUGUACCACGAAAGCAUUCAUCCAUUUGCCCCUGGCAAACUGAGCGUUCUCUACGAGAUAUCUCUUGCGAUUGAGGAGAACUACAAAUGGUGGUAUCCCGGUUACUACAUCCACAGCUGCCCUAAAAUGAAGUACAAGAUUGAAUACAGCCCGCAGUAUAUCCUCGACCCGGACACUCUGCACUGGAGACGCCUCGACAAGGCUAUACUGGACAUCCUUGGCAAGGACACCUACGUGAGCUUUGCCAAAGGCUUGGAGGAAGCCCUCCCCAACACGUCUGACUCGCGGUCCGCAGACUCUGCAACCGCAUCUGCUAGCCACGAUGCGGAGAUGCCGGCGGCUUCAGAUGCGAGCCCAGGGAACACCGACACGGAUACAGACGACGAGGAAGUCUAUGGCUCCCUGUUUAAAGCCAAAAUGCCGGGGAUUCCUUCUCUCAGCGCCAUGGAGAAACUGAACCUGGAUCACAUACCGCUCAAGAUCUUCCCUACGGGGCCGCUCUUCGAGACAUCGGAUUUGGCUGGCUGGAAUCGCAGCAGUAUCAGAUCGACGUCGAGCAUCCGACACAGCGUGGCACAACUGGUUGCAGCGCUGGGGGCGGACCUCAUGGACGACAUUUGCUUGGAUCUAGUGCGACAAGGCUAA